UUUGGGUUCUAAUGGGAUGCUGGCUAGCACAGAAAUGGGCUUCCCCCCUUUCCUGUUGCUAUACUCAAAGGCAACAAACAGCAUCACCUGGGAUCUGGGGAGAAAUGCAUAAUCUGGGCCUCACUCGAAAUCUACCAAAUCCGACUGUGCUUUAAGGAGAUCCUCGAGGGGUUUACAGGCCCAUUAAAGUUUGAGAAGCACCACUAGAGUGAGUAGUGGGAGAUAACAUUGCUCUUCUUCCUUGUCCUUGGGUCCUUUGUCCCCCAGCUGGCUCUAUGUGCCAUGUGUUCUCCCUGCACAGACCAGGACUCCCCCACAGAUGAUGUGCUCCCCCCACCACCCGCCGCCACCAUCACCCCCAGGCCAGAUUGCAUUUGAGUUCAUAUCUGCUCUGAUUUGCGAACCAUUUAGCACUUUGGCUUUGCCAAGUUUAUUUUCCCCAGUCCUUUUUAUCCCUUCAUGAAAUUUUCAAAUGGAUGCUAAACAGGGUAGAAUAUAGCCAAGAUGGUUUGUGAAUGGAAGUUUCUCCCACCCACAGGCUGUGUUCUCCGUCCUGAGUCAUAAGUCAAGGAUCAGGCAAGGCUACAUAAUUAUUUUUGUUGAUGAAACCCUACGGGGCCAAGAUCUAAUUUUCCUUCCUCAAAACAACACGAAGCCCCUCCCAGCCUGGCGGUUUGCCUGACCAUCCCAUCAGCGCCUGACUGUACCUCAGGGGGCCUGUUCAGGACAUCAGAGGGCUGACUGCAAGGCCACAGCCAGUAGAGUGUCAUGUGCCACAGUGUUCUCUGAACAGACCUCAUGGUUAUCUCGUACAAAGUCUGCACUACAAAACUCAGAGUAUUUCUCCAGCACUAUAUAGCUCCGUCCCUGCCAACACUGUUUCACACUAAAAAAUAAAAGAACCAGAGUUAAGGAUUAAGUAAAUAUUACAAGAGACAGCAACCUAGGUCACCUGCUUAUUUUUGAAGUAGGUUUACUUUGUUGGCUAAACCAGGUAGAAAACUUGGAUUAUGCCUUAGUAUCCCACAAUACCCCAAACAGUAUAUUUAGUUUGUUCUGUUGCUUUUGGGUCUUCCAAUAAGAUGAUGUUGUUUUUUUUUUCCUUCCCAGAGUUCACAUCAAAUCUAUAAACUCUAACCAUGAUCAUGUCAAAACAUCAUCACUGUUGAAAAUUAUUAGGGAAAUUGGGAAUAGCAGAGGAGGAGUGGGAAGGGGUAGAAGCCAAAAGGAAAUGAAGUAUGAAGUACUUGCAGCUCUGCCUGCAGUUGAACACAAAGACCUGGAGGAGACUCCCACCUCUUCAGGGAGAAGAAAGGAGGCAGCGAAGCAGAUUAAAGGAACUUGUGGCUUGUGGCCUUUUUGUGCAAGGGCUGCCUGAAAGGGGAGAAAAGUGUAUGAAAGCCACCGUGGCGGUUAAUGAGCUGUGAGAUGAGGCGCUGCUGCGGCCGCUGCUGCUGACACUCGCUCCCAGGCUGCACCCGCUGCCCUUGGCGCUUCAUGUACAUGUGUCUAUUCAGGCCGUGCGGAGGCGUCCAGAAGAGCAUCCAACACGGCUGCCGGGGAAAGACCGCCCACCAUGCCCACGGAGACCCUACAGACAGGUAGCAUGGUGAAGCCGGUCAGCCCCGCGGGCACCUUCACCUCUGCCGUGCCCCUACGUAUCCUGAACAAGGGGCCAGACUACUUCCGCAGGCAGGCCGAGCCCAACCCCAAGAGGCUCAGCGCCGUGGAGAGGCUGGAGGCCGACAAGGCCAAGUACGUCAAGAGCCAGGAGGUGAUCAACGCCAAGCAGGAGCCCGUAAAGCCCGCCGUGCUGGCCAAGCCCCCGGUGUGCCCGGCUGCCAAGCGCGCGCUGGGCAGCCCCACGCUCAAAGUAUUUGGCAACCACGCCAAGACCGAGAGUGGCGUGCAGAGGGAGAACCUCAAGCUGGAGAUCCUGAAGAAUAUCAUCAAUAGCUCCGAGGGCUCCAGCUCGGGCUCGGGGCACAAGCACAGCUCCCGCAACUGGCCACCCCACCGGUCGGAAACCACCGACCUGCACCGUCACUCCUUCGCGGAGUCCCUGAAAGUCUAUCCCACGCAGGGCCGCGGCAGCCCGCAGGAGGGCGGCUCCCACGUGAGCAGGAGACUGCUGGAGCAGUCAGCCGAGUCCUUCCUCCAUGUGUCCCACAGCUCUUCGGACAUCCGCAAGGUGACCAGCGUGAAGCCCCUCAAGGCCAUCCCCUGCAGUAGCUCUGCCCCUCCCCUGCCUCCCAAGCCCAAAAUCGCAGCCAUCGCCACCAUGAAGUCCCCCGAGGCCGACCCUGUGGAACCAGCUUGUGGAGUCAGCCGAAGACCCUCCCUCCAGCGGUCUAAGUCAGACUUGAGUGACAGAUAUUUCCGAGUGGACGCGGACGUAGAGAGGUUCUUCAACUACUGUGGACUGGACCCGGAAGAGCUGGAAAACCUGGGAAUGGAAAACUUUGCAAGGGCUAAUUCUGACAUAAUAUCCCUCAACUUCCGCAGCGCAAGCAUGAUCAGCUCAGACUGUGAACAGUCUCAGGACAGUAACAGUGACCUUAGAAAUGAUGACAGUGCCAAUGACCGUGUGCCGUAUGGCAUUUCUGCCAUCGAAAGAAAUGCCAGAAUCAUCAAGUGGUUAUAUAGCAUCAAACAAGCUAGAGAGUCACAGAAGGUCUCCCACGUGUAAGACAGUGCGUGGAAAGGAGGGAGGGUGGGUCUCUGUGCUUACGCAGUUGUAAAGGUUGUGAGGUCUCCUUGAAGUGUUGUGAGCUUCUCCACUCUUUGUGUUGCUUGUUGUGCAAUGUUUUCAAGUUGCAUGCCUGUCAACAUGGGGACUGACCUGGCUUCCACGUCACCAUCGCUGCAGAGCCUGGCCUAACACGCGUCAUCUGCCAAAAGUUUCAGGCCAGAAUCUAAUUAGGGCUUUGCUCUUAAGCAAAACUGUUUACAUGAAAAUGGUAUACGACUUCUUCAAUAUUUAUGUGGUUCUUGUGUUUUUAUAUCCCGCGCUAUUAUGUCUUAAUUAAAAGUUUUAUCAACUGGCUUUUAAGUUGAGAGCAGAAUCUUUUUGAAAUAAAAAGCCACUUUGCCUACAUGUGAGACUAUUCCAAUGGGACAGUAAAUGGGAUCUGCUACCAAACAGAUAGUGACUGACCACACAUAGAACCAGGCUGGGUUUUCUGUGGAAUAAAGUGGUGAGCCUGACGUUAAUCGUUUACAUGUUGAAAUUCUCUUGCCACUUAGUGAAGUGUCGCUGGGGUAACAAUGCUAAGUUUUGUGUCCAAUUCAGUGUGUAAAUGUUGGUGGUUCUGUGUAAUGCUGACCCCAAGGAAAGACAAUCAGAUAAAAUGAAGGAUGGUUAAAUCUAGGAGGUUGGGUGUUUGGGGGUUUUGUUGAUGUUGUUCUGAUUUGGGAUAUUUCAGAAAUUUUUAAUACUAUCUUUUGACAGAAUGGCCACCCUAAAACAAAUACUGAAUGCCUUUAAAAAAAAAAAAAAAAAAGUUGUGUUUGUUUGUUUUUGUCGAGAACUACUAAUUUCAUGCUGUUUCUUUCUUUCUCCCUUUGUUGUUAUUUGAUUUGAGGGAAGGGAGUGAGGCUUGUGCAGGUUUGAGCUAUCAGAAGACAUGAACAGAAGUGAAAAUACCAGCCAUAUCAGUAGAGCCUCCCAUUCAAAAGUGAACACACUUGGUAGCUGAACCAUAUCUGAGCAGCGUGAUUCUGUUGUCUUGCAUAUGUUACUCUCUCAGGCUGUGGGUCUCUGUUACAGCUCUAGGAAACUGUAGAAUUUCAAUGCUAUGUAGCUUUUCCACCCCAUGGUCUCUAGUGCUGCCUAUCAACUUGUCCCCUUUUUUUCCCAAUAACCUGGCUUUCAGGUGGUACAGUUAGCUGUCACUCAGCUGACUCUAUGAUGUGGCAGCAGAGAGGGAAACCUACAAGUGGUUUGCCUCAUUGCCUUUGCCACAUCUGAAGUUCUCAGCAGCGCUACCUUAGACUUCAUCAGCUAAUAGGAAACUUUUUAUGGUGUAAAUGCUGUAAGACUUUGUACAUACUUCAGUUGUUAUGAAAUCUUUAAAGAAAAAAAAGAAAAAGUUACACUAAUAAAUUGCUCUGGUGCAGGCACUAAUGGUGGUGGUUUCUCUUUGUCCUUCUGUAUUCUCCUUCCACAAAAGUUUGACUUUGGACUAUGAAUCAGAAGCAGAUUUUUGAUAGUUUUGAAGAAACAUUAUUUCAUUAAGUUAUAUUCACCACAUUCCAAUUACUCCAAACACCAGUGUUCUUAAUUGUGGCUCUAGCAAUGUGCUUUUGCUAAAAUGGUUACAUCAGGGUUCCUAAAAUGUGCUGCAGCAUCUCAAUUCACACUUGUGUUAUUUUUGUCUUUUCUUAAACAUCAGGAUUUUUUUGCAUCUUCCACAUGACUCUUCAGUUGUAAAUAUUUAUGCGUUCUCACCUUGGAGGCAUACCUUCGAAAUGUAUGGCUUUGUUUUUAUUUGUACCAUCCCAACAUCCGUACCUUGGCAUGUUUUCACACACUGGCUCCUCCACUCCUUCCUUCAUUCCUCUUGAAAAUGUCACUUGUUGAGUGAGUGACUCCUUCCAGGUAUCAUGGUAGGCACAGGACUUUCAUAGUCAACAACACAGUCUCUGCCUCAAGGAACUUAGAUUUUCCCCUUUAUUUUAAGAGAAAUAAAAUUCCUCUUAGUGGACAUGUCCUAUCUGCUGUAUUUGGACAAUGAGUAUUCCAUGAUUAUUUAUUACAUCAAGUUAUUUGAAAAUUAAUAUUUCUUGCAAAAUUCCAUAUACUACGCAAAUGUAAAAUAAAGCCCUCUUUAAAAGGUAAUUUUCAGAAACAAAUUAUAUGAUUCUCAACUAUUACUGUUUAUAAAUAUUUUCCUUCUCAAAAGCAAAUAUGCUUCCUUGACUCUUUCUCCUGGUUUUGAAUUCUGCCUGGUUUUUUUAUUCAUGUUCAGUAAAACUAAAACCCUGCUUCCCAGAAGAACUAUUUUGGAAUGCAGCUAUGAGUGGGGAUGAUACAAUGUGUUCAAUAUAAUAGAAUAAAAAUAAGUUUUCUAAAAAAAAAAAAAAAA